AUGUAUAGAGAUGCAUGCUUCGCCCUUGGACUCUUGCAAGAUGACAAAGAAUUCAUUGAUGCAAUUAAGGAAGCAAGCUCAUGGGCCUCAGGAUCAUAUGUUAGGAGGUUAUUUGUCAUUCUAUUAAUAUCCAACAAUAUCUCAAGACCAGAAUAUGUCUGGGAUAGAUGUUGGUAUGAACUCUCAGAUGAUAUUUUGUAUCGACAGAGAACUAUAAUGAACAUGAGGGAAUUAACAAUGUCAGAUGAUGAGAUUAAACAGUUGUGCUUAAUGGAUAUAGACAAGAUCUUACAUUCCUAUGGUAAAACCUUGAAAGACUAUCCUCCAAUGCCUUUAGCAACUGAAGUUGAUAGUUCUUUGUUAACCGAAAGGGGGAGUUUUUUCUUUGUGUAUGGUCAUGGGGGUACUGGAAAAAUAUUUCUCUGGAAUCUUAUGUCUGCUGAGAUUCGCUCAAGGGGUGAUAUAGUGUUAAACGUUGCUUCGAGUGGUAUUGCAUCUUUACUUCUUCCCGAUAGAAGAACGGCACACUCAAGGUUCAAAAUACCGCUGAACAUAACUGAGGAUUCUGUACGCUAUGAAGUGCCUGAUAAAUGCUUGGGUGAUAUCAUGAGGUGUUCUCCAACAUAUAGCAAAGAUUUGCCCUUUGGAGGAAAAAUGGUUGUACUAGGUGGAGACUUUAGACAAAUUCUUCCUGUCAUUCCACGAGAAUCGAGACAAGAUAUCGUUCAUUCAACCGUGAAUUCGUCUUACCUUUGGAAGUUUUGUCAGGUGACAAUAUGGAUGGUGAAUCUGAGAUAUGUCUUCCAGGAGAUAUUGUUAUUCCUUCUUUGGACCAGGCAUUUGAUGAACAUCGUUGAAGAGGUCAACAACCAUCUGAUGGCUAUCAUUCCUGAAGGGGAAAAAUUAUAUCUUAGUUCGGAUUCUAUUUGUAUGGAUGAAGAAAAUAUGGAGAGUCAACUAGAUCUCUAUGGUCCUGAAUUACUGAAUAGCAUAAAUUGCUCUGGUUUGCCUCCACAUAAGUUAAUACUCAAGAUUGGUGUUCCGAUGAUGUUACUGAGGAAUAUUGACCAAUUCAGUGGUCUUUGUAAUGGUACAAGGCUACAAGUUAGGAAGUUUGGAAAUCAUGUCAUAGAAUGUGAAGUCUUAACGGGUAAUAAUAUUGGUCAUAUUGCUUUGAUUCCAAAAAUGAAUAUGGUACCAACAAAUGAAACCGUCCCAGUUAGAUUCCAACGAAGACAGUUUCCUAUAAUAGUAUCGUUUGCUAUGACAAUUAACAAGUCUCAGGGACAAACUUUAUCUCAUGUUGGAUUGUGCUUGCCCAAACCAAUUUUUACACAUGACCAACUAUAUGUGGCACUUUCAAGAGUUAAGAGUAAGAGAAAUUUAAAAGUUUUACUUAUGAAUCAUGUAGGAAUAUCUGCAAAUUCAAUCAUCAAUGUUGUUUAUAGAGAAGUCUUUGAAAAAAUAGUAUUCUAA